CCCUCACUUUCGUCUCUUUCUUCACCUCGCAAACUCGAGAAAAGCUUCACAACAAAAAUGGCAGACAAGCCCCAGCCCGUAAAAGUGAACUACUGUGGCGUCUGCGGCUUACCCGCAGAGUACUGUGAGUUCGGACCCGAUUUCGAGAAGUGCAAGCCCUGGUUGAUCCGAAACGCGCCUGAUGUGUACCCGGAUCUCAUCAAAGAUGCUAAGGAUGCUGAUGAUGUAACUGAACAGCUUCAGGGGACUUCUGUUUCCGACAAGGCUUCUGGUCCUGGUUCUUCGAAGCCAGAAGAAGUGAAACGUCUUCCCGGUGGAAAGAUAAAAAAGAAAGAGAAACCUGAGGUUAUUAUCGAAAAGGUUACCCGCAAUAGGAGGAAAAGUAUUACAACUGUUAAAGGGCUGGAACUUUUUGGUGUUAAACUAAGCGAUGCUUCUAAAAAGCUUGGUAAAAAAUUUGCUACUGGGGCCUCUGUUGUUAAGGGGCCAACUGAAAAGGAGCAAAUUGAUGUUCAGGGUGACAUAUCAUUUGACGUUGUGGACUUCAUUACAGAGACCUGGCCGGAUGUGCCAGAAAAUGCAAUAUACUUCAUUGAAGAUGGAAAGAAGGUUGCAGCCGCUUAGCUUAACACUUUGUUGUGUCUGAAUGGCCCGAAUCUUUUGAUGUUGAUCUGAAAUGGUACCCGAUUUGAAGUCCCAAGCAAAUUUACAAAGCGCUUUAAAUCUGUCUUCGUAUAUUUUACAAAGUACAACUAUUUUCGGUUUGAGUUACUUUUGCAUGUGAAAUUUGAAUAUAAAUGCAAGCAUGUUAAUGUAUUUCCGCAUACUCACCUCUGAGUUCUAAUUAUUAGCUUAUGAUAUGUUAGAAGAUUUAUAUA